GGCUCCCUCUCGCCCACCGCGGGAACAACUACGAACCGCAUAACUCGAGGAGCUAGAUGGUUCUAUAAAGCAGGAAAAUAGCUACGUGCUAUCACAUUUUAUACCAUCUUUAUUUCUUCCACCUUUUGUAGCCAUCCGCCUUGCUAACAGUUUUACGUUUGAGUUAUUUCAACUUUCCCUCACGGCGACUGUAUUGGAGCUCCCAAAUGCCUUCACCAGCAGCGGCUGUCACCACUAGCCCGUCGUCAACAGGAGCAGUCGCUCCCGCUGUCGACCCAUCUCAAAUUGUGAAAGAUGCCCAAGAUGCAGCAGUUGCUCAAUGUGUGCAAGAGCUAGGAAGCAAGGCUGCGGAGCUUACCUCCGGCUCUACAUCCUUGAGUGAGAUUCUUGCCCUUGCUGAAGGUGAGAGGGUCAAAAGAGCCCCGAGACAAGGCAGUAAGACCGAAAAGGUCAUCAACUUUAUAACCUCGUUUGCGCGCAAGGUCAAUGAGUACUCAGCCUUGGUCGACCUGUGCAUCAGUACAAGCCCAGAGGCAGCAAGUUUAGUCUGGAGCAGUUGCAAAAUAUUGCUCACAGUCGGCCUGGCUUAUGCAGAUGCCUUGGAAAAGCUACUUGCUACUCUGAGUCGCAUCGGCGAGAACAUCGGCCGCUUCGAGCGAUACAGAAAUCUUUUCCUGAGUUCAGUACCCAUGCAGCAUGCUCUGGGUCUUAUCUACGCCGACAUUAUUGACAUCUCUGUUACGGCCGCGGUAUUCUACAGUAGGAGCAAUAUCAGAAACAUCCUCGGAAGCAUCAUGAGAAACUUUGACUCUCGUUUUGGAGACAAGAUCUCAAGCUUCAAUCAACACAAGGAAUUGGUAGAAGAUGAGGUCAUUGCAGCAUAUUUGGAACGGUCUCUUCCAUUCUUCACUGAUCUCCAAGAUAUACGAGCGAGGCUGCAAGGUCUUCGGAAGUGGCUCUCGCCACCCGAUCGAGAAUGGAACUAUAUGGUAUUGGAUCGCGUUGACUUCACCACAACGCGCUAUCCGGGAACCUGCAAUUGGUUCAGACCAUCCCUUAGAUCAUUCGUUGAUUCAAUUGACGACAAUAUCAUGGUCGUGAUUGGUGCACCGGGCGUAGGAAAAAGUACCUUGUCAGGAUGGAUUUUGGACGAGUUCGAAACGGAACUCGACAAAAAAGACAGAUGCACCCUGUACUUUCACAUCCGACACCAUGAGAACAGUAAAUGCACAACAUUUGAUAUUGUUCGUGGAUUCCUACUCCAACUAGUCGAGGCCAAGAUUGAAACGCCCGCUUUGUUCGAGAGGCUUUUGGAUAUUCACAAAAAGAGCGUCCAAGAACACGCCAUUCCUGAUUCUGAAGAGGAUCUCUGGUUGGUCUUCCGCCUUGUUGCCGCUACGAUAAAAGACCUUGUUAUGGUCAUCGACGGGCUGGACGAGUUGAGUGAUGUCCAUAGUGGGCCAAUAUUGUUAUUCGAGCAGCUCGUGAAGGUCGCUGAUACUGCCCGAAGGGGAGAGAACACCUUCAAGGUUGUGCUUACAACACGCCCUCCGUACGCUGCCACUAGCGCUCACACAAGACAAUACCAUAUUGAGCAAUCAGAUACCGCAACAGACGUCGCUACUACAGUAGCCGACAAUAUUAAUCUUCUGGAGGAGUUUCAAGGCCUAGACCCAAAGGUCAGAUCCGACAUUUCGGCUAAAGUAAUCCAUGGAGCGGAUGGAAUGUUCCUCUGGGCCAACUUAAUUGUUCAGGAACUAAGAAAUCGACAAUCGGAUGAAGAUAUUGAAACCAUGGUGAAAUCAGCGCCAAAGGACUUGGAUGAACUCUAUGACAGAAUGCUGAGCUCCCUUGAUCUGAAAAGCGAGGAUACACGACGCAUCUUCAGCUGGUUGCUUGUUGCGGCCCGCCCAUUACAUAUGGACGAAUUGGCUAUUGUGCUGACCACAGAACCAGGCCGCGAGGUCACAAAGAAACGGAAGUCUGACAUCGCAGAGGAUGUACGCAAAGCUUGCGGGCCACUAACCAAGAUCGACGGCGGUUUUGUGAAAUUUGUUCAUGUUUCGCUCAAACAGUACAUGGAAGGAAAACCCUUUCAAGACAAAUAUAGCUGGAAUGCAUCGGCAUGUCAUGAUGAAGUCGCGUUUCGUUCUCUGGCGUAUCUUUCAUUCCCAAUCGAAGGCAAUUUUCACAGCGACAGCCCUGGAGUACAAUUGACCGUAGACGAAAUUACCAAACAAAGGUUUGAAAAGAUGGUGGAGGAUCGAAAGUUGUUGAAGUAUACCUUGCAGUACUGGGCUCACCAUUUACUAAAGUCUUCUCCCAACGGCACCCUUCAAGGAACCUUUCUCAAAGAAGAAUGCAAGGACUUUCCCACACAUCAAGCCAUGGCCUGGGCCGAGAACAUCUUAUGGCCCUCGACGUUUACAAGAAAAUCCAGGGUACAAGUGUAUAAGAUUGCUCUGGAAAUCCGAGAAGUUCUUUUGGAUCAUACUGAAUUCGAAGUCAUCCAAACAAGGGUCGGUCUGGCAAAAGCGUUGGAGGAAUUUGGAGACAAUGAACGAGCUUCUUCUGAGUUACGGAAUUGCUGGGAAGCGUGUGUGGAACUUGAAGGCGAAGGAAUUGAGACAGCGCUGGAAUGUGCCAAGCGACUGGUACUGAAUCUUGAACUUCGAGGCUUGAGAGAAAAAGCAGGCGAAAUGUACACCUGGAUUCGGAACGCAUUGUCGGAGCUCCAUGGCCCGGACGACCCACUGACAAUUUCUGCAUCAAGGGAAUUGGCUUGGUUUUAUCAGAAAUAUGGCCAGGACCAGGAUUGUAUCGAUGUUUACCGGGGGAUAUGGGAGGUAUGCAUAAAUGCCUUUGGGCCCGUCGACCCUCAAAGCAUCGCUGCCGGCACCACUUUGGCAAGGACAUACCAGAUCACAAAGCAGAAAAAUGAGUCUUUGAAAGUAUAUCAAGCGAUCUGGAAUUCUGUUCGCGAGGAAUGUGUACCACCGGAUCCAGCAUACCUCACGGCUGCAAUCGACCUAUUCCAGGCGCUCGAAAACUGCUCAAAACAAGAGGAUGCUGACAGCUUCCUGGGCUCAGUACUGGAGCAAUGCGAGAAAGCUUCCCCUGGUAGUGCUAUGCAGGCUCUAUUUGUGGAUUUGAAGCUGGAAUUGGCGCGACAUUACAGACGACAAGGCAACAUGACGGAGUCUACUUCCGUCAUCUUGGAGCUGAAUGAACUCUGCUGCGAAGCUCUCGCUGCUGAAGAUGUUGCAGUAUCGUCCAUGACGUCCAUUGAAACAGUUGUAGCGGAAAUGAGGCAGCCCGGAAUUAAGUGUGCUGCACGACUUCCGGGGUUGCUAUACAAGUUCCUGCUCAUGAAGCAUGGCCCGCCCGACAUCGUAACUGUCGAAGCAGCUCGACAAUUUGCAUUAUCACUAGAGCAUGAUAGCUUGGACGAAAGAGCAAGGGAGACCUUAAACGACUGCGCCAAGAAAUGUACAGCUACCGGACUGGUCGACAUCGCAACGAUUCAAGCCUACAACAAUCUUGGCCUCUAUGAUCAGAAAAGAAACUCAUGGAAGGAAGCAGCUGCUACAUGGGAAGUGCUCCUGCAAAGUCUGUGGCCUCAAUUCCUGGCCGUUGCUGAGCCUGCUCCUCCCGAAUCUUUCGCAACAGAAGCACUUGAUGUUGCCCAGAGACUCGGACUAUCUCUUGAGAAAGCGGGCCAGGUGACAGAUGCGAAGAAAACAUACGAGAAGCUCUUCGCAAUUUGCAAGAAGCAUUUCGGAAUCGGAGAUGUCAAGAUUACGUUUGCUGCUGACCGCCUCGCUGAUAUUCUUCAGCAGGAAGAUUCAACAACAGCAGCCGUCGAGUUGUAUAAAGGAGUCUACGAAUCCCGCCGUGAGGCUUUUGGAGUUUCCAGUGCAUCCGCAGUUGAAUCGGGCCUGCGACUCGCCCAGUUCUAUGCGAAAGUCAGUGAAAUAUCGAAAGCCGAGUCGCUAUAUGUUGAAAUGCUCAACAGCCUUGAGAGGGACUGGGGAAAGUCUUUCAUAACAGCCGUCGAAGUAUCCCUAGAACUGGCGAGCGUUUAUGAGAGCCAGUCACUGAUGGUUUACAAGGCGGAGAAACUGUAUGCAGGACUCUGGUCUCUCUGCCUUCGGGAGAAACUUAUGAACACCAAUCCUGGCAACGACAAGUGGAAGUUCAAUCCCAGUACCGUGAUUAAUCUUCGAAACAAACUCUACAAACUGUACGGGACUCAAAGAGCAUCUGUCAAGUUCUGCCGGGUUGCCAGAGAGUAUCGGCAGAUGUGUCUCGAAAGCUAUGGUGACGGCCACAGGGAGCACAUUAUCGCGACCCUACGGAACGGUGAGAUCCUUGACAAGUGGCGGAAGUCGAACGAAGCAGAGAAAAUAUACACGGAGCUAUUGGAAACCUGCAACAGGCAAAGUGGGCCAUACGAAGAAGCUGACGUGGAGAUAAGAAUGAUGAUCGGGACCUCCUGGGAAAGGCGUGGUAGGGCUAAGGAUGCAAUGUCUCUGUAUGAGAAAAUGUUCGAGGACGACGUCUCUAACAACAUCAGCUCCAUGCCAGAAUUAAUGACCGAAAUAGCCCUCCGUCUUAUUCAGGGGUACAAGAAGGAGAAAGCUGGAAGCAACCGUUCCGAGGCCGUCUUUUCGAGGAUCAUAGAUGACGCUCUCUCCAUCUCCGACCACAAUCACAGAUCGACUCGGCUAAAGUCUGUUUUUCAAUUUUACAAGACAUUGGUGGAAGGCAAGCUCGUCGAAGCCCGUGAGGACGUCCUGGAGGCCAUUUGGAGCAGCCUGAAAUCCAACAUGGGCUUGUCCAAGGACGACUACAUAUGGUUGAUGCAAAGGCUCCCCAGGCUUAAAUUCGCUGAGGAUAUUCGUAAUGCAGGGCUCGACCAGCCAUCCACGCAGACGCCAACGAAGGGGCAGCUCGACGCACUCGAGGGGCUCUCCAAGAGCCACUCGUCGCAAUGCAUGGUCGAGCUGUGGGAGAAAUGGCACAUGGUGUGCGCUACGGGUGAGAUCACCCGGAAACUGGCAUCCAGUACCGCGGCCUCGUUCAGCUACUCAGACAAGGCGGGUUUGGUAGAGGCAGCGCGGAUUCUCCAGCAGACCUGGGACGACUGUAUCCAGGCCUUCGGCGAGACUGACGUGAUAACGCUGGAUGCCGGUGCCCAAGCCGCCCAGAUUUAUCGUGAUAAGGACACUACGGAUCUCUGGAAGAGAAUGUACGACGCAUGCUGUCGUGAUUCUGACCUGGGGCCAUACCAUGAGCGUAGCGUUGCGGUUGGGUUGGACCUCGGCCACGCAUACUGCAAAUGGGGCCCGAUAACGCGGGCGGCGGGGCUGUCGAAGGAUCUGGACAAGGGCAUGCGGGACAGGCCAGGCGGUAUCGCAUCAGAGAGCGACAUUGCGCAGUAUGUUAAAGUCGCUGGUCUCAGUUCCAGCGUCGCCCGCGCCGCCCAAGAUUCCGCUCAACACAAUUCGUGCGCAGAGACAGCCAUCGCACACACUGAGGAGGUCCUUCGCUUUGCGCUCGAUCGCACAAAAACAGUGCUGGGACCUGAGCACAAGCUCAUGUUCGAGAUUCUGCGAGACCUGUUCUAUGCGCUGAUGUUUCAGGAUCAGGUGCACGAUAUGGAGCAGCCUCUCCACGACGUGUGGGAAGCACGCAACUCCAAAACGGCGUGGGCCUCGGACGACAUCUCGCGUGUCGGCGACCACCUGGCUCAGAUCUACUUCGAGAGUGGUCGCUGCUUCGAGGCAGUUCGUAUAAUGCGCCAGCUCUGCCAACAUGACGAGGCCCUACACGGCCUGACCGCCCAGCGAACCCUCAAUCGCUACAACCGCUUGUCCUCGUGCUAUUCGGCCCAGAACGACUUUGCCCAGUCGCUCGCUAUCCACCGACGCGCCCUGAUCUCCUUCGGUGUCCUCGCCGUAGAUCUCGGUAAUUUCGACGAGCCGCCUCACAUGCAGCCACGACGCUCGCAGCCAACGUACCUUCACGGCGACGGCAGCAGAAGCAGCUUCGGCCAGGAAGAUAACGAUGGCGACAAUCGCGUCUCCUUCAGCACUUACCGUCCACCCAGGGCGCGCAGUAUCACCCUGCGCGGCUGGCCGAAUGGCGACAUGCUGAAGCAGUGCAACCUGUAUGGGCGUGCGCUGCAGCGACUGGGCCGCUGGGAAGAGGCUGAGCGCGUGUACCAGGACCUGUGGGACGAGUGUCGGCGCGCGUCGGCCGGCGGCCAGUCCUGGAUGAUCCACAAGUUCAGUAACGUCAAGGCAUGGAACGAGGAGGCCAAGGCGCGCAAGGUCGGUGAAGAAGGGCUGUGGCAGCGGCAAAACUACUUUCGAUAAGCGCGGCGGACAAGUCUAAGGGGACAGAGCGUUCAGUAAGAGCCGACUAAUAUCAACCUAUCGCUGUAAACACUACAGCUAGACCGGUAGCUUACAGAUGCUAAGCUUGGUUUCAGUAUCGCUAAUAGCAACUUGUUAAAAGAAAAUAGCCUGGCUAUAAAGCCAGAUUAAGCUAUCUUAGCUAUACUAUCCAUUACUAAUAGCCAAGCCUAUUCCUAAUCUUACUAUAUUAAAAC